GAUGAUUUUAUCAAACAACAUUUGCCCUUCGAGUGUGCCGAAUGUACCGAAGAAUUUCAAAAGUUCAAUGCGUUUCUUCGCCACAUGAACGCUGUUCAUGGUAAAGCUAACAUCGCAUGCUGCAACUUGCAAUUUCGUUCUAGACAGAUGCUGUACCAGCAUGUGCUAAACUAUUCGAACCCAGAAGCAUUCAAAUGUGACAUUUGUACGGUUACUUUUACUACCUUACGGGCAAGGGAACAGCACAAGAAAAAUAUUCAUCCGUUAAAUCCACUGCAGGGCAAGCACUACUGCGACCAGUGCCCAAAGACGUAUACCGAUCCUAAGAGGUUAAAACAGCACUUGCAAGAACACGAAACGCUGGGUAAUGAAAUGCCCAAGUGCAGCAUAUGCGGCAUAUGUUUCCGAACAAAAAUCAACCUGCAGAAGCAUAUCACUAGAGUGCACACGAAGAAACACAGUUGUGAAAUCUGCUCUAAAAUAUUCGCAAAAGCCGCCCAGCUCAGACAGCAUCAGGUCAACAUGCACGACCACGUCAAAAAACAGUGCGAAGUUUGCAACAAGUGGCUGAAGAAUCAGGUGGCCUGGCAUAAGCACGUGAAGCGGCACCAGAGCGACGGAGCGUACAAGUGCGACCAGUGCGAGCACGUUUCGGUCAAUUUGCCAUCGCUGAAGGAGCACAAGGAACGUCGGCAUGGGAAACGAAACAGAAACUACGAUUGCGACCAGUGUGGCAAGCACUAUAAGACGAGACUGAGGUUGAGGGAGCACACUGCCGGUGCCCAUACGGGGGAACCGUUGUACCGGUGUGAGUUUUGCGAACAGACGUUUUUUUCGAACGCCAACAGGCACGGCCAUAAGAAAAGGGCACACUUGGAACAGUGGCUGGAAGCAAGAAGGGUUAGGUAUGCCAGGGCGGAGGAAGCUGAAGGCGAUGGCGACAGCAUGAGUUAGCUUAGUUGUUCUGAAGAGCUUCAGUCUAAGGUAAAUGUAAAGACGUAUUUUAAAAUUGGGUUU